UAAAAACCGUAGUGGGAAAUAGCAAUAGAACACUUGGAAUCCGCACUCUGCAUGUAACCAGCCGCCAAUUUCAACCACGGCACCCGCUGAAAGUGCGCGGCAUCGUUCUACUUUGAAACGAAUUCUCCUUUUCUGUGGCGAACGAAUUCCAUUGCUCAUCCCUCCUUCCCUCUAAGAUUUUCGUUUCCUCUUUCGAUUUUCUCGGAUUUCUCUUCUUAACUUUCCCAUUCUCCGUUUGGCUGAAGAGAAAUUUCAAGAAACCGAAUAAAACAAGACCCGAAAAUACGCCUUUUUCUUCCUUAUAUAGUUUCGAUUUGGUUGGUCUCCUUCUAGUUUGAGGUGAAAGAUGAAAUUCGGAGAGACGUUCAUGGAAUAUUUGCACGGAGAUCGAGAGUGGUUCCUGGACAAAUGUUCGCAUGUUGAGUAUAAGCGGCUGAAGAAGGUUCUUAAGAGUUGUCGGACUUGCAGACUUAAUGAUUCUUGCACCAAUGAAUGUGAAUGCAAGUCUUGCCCUCUGUGUGAUCAGCUGUUCUUUUCGGAGUUGAUGAGGGAAGCCUUGGAUAUUGCGGGGUGUUUCAGCACGAGAGUUAGACAUCUUCUUCAUCUUCAUGUUGCUGGGGGAAUUGAGAGAUACAUGGCGCGAUUGGUUCAUUGCUUUAAAACUGAUCAAACGACGAUGAUACAAGAAGGCCGCAUGCUGAUUGAAUAUGUUACGAUGAAUGCUAUUGCUAUCAGAAAGAUUCUUAAGAAAUACGAUAAAGUACAUAGCUCUGUAAACGGAAAGAACUUUAAGUUGAAAAUGCGAGCUGAACAUAUUGAGCUUUUGCAAUCACCUUGGCUUAUAGAAUUGGGUGCUUUUUGUUUGAAUUUUAAAAGACCCGGUGAUGGAAAUUCUCCCUCAGAAUUCUCCACUCACUUUUCUUUUGAUGUCGAUGUUGAUGUCGAUGACACACCAAAAAUGACAUUGAUGCUUCCAGAUUCUAUGAAAUUGGAAUAUGAUCUUACUUGCCCUAUAUGCUUGGAUACACUAUUUGAUCCAUAUGCUUUGGGUUGUGGCCAUCUCUUCUGCAAAUCAUGUGUUUGUUUAGCUGCUUCCGCGAUGAUCUGUGAUGGACCAAAGGCUGCCAGCCCGGAGUCUAAAUGCCCUGUUUGUAGAGAGACUGGGGUAUAUCCUAAAGCAUUGCACAUGACGGAACUGGAUAUGCUUUUGAAAAGAAGGUGUAAAGGGUACUGGAAGGAGAGGCUGACGGAAGAACGAGCGAGGGUGCUGAAGCAAACCAAAGAUUUCUGGGAUUCCCAGACUAGAUUUGUGGUCGGUUAUUAAAAUUUACAGUACCACCUUUUAUCAAUCUGAUUUUCUUAUACAACAGGCUGCUGCUGCAUUUGUUGCCAUUCUGGGGUUGGUGGUGGCAACUUUUCUUUUGAAAAUAACCCUGGCUGCUGCCUGUUUAUGCAAAAGAUCUGGUUGGAAAUCCAAAAAUCCACGCGUGCAAACACGGAUGUGGACUCUCUCGAGUAAGAAAGUAUUGACUUUGCCUUUGUUUUUGUCAUUUUCCUUAUCCCUUCCAGAUGCGGAGUAUUUGAUCUGGGUUUUGUCUCGAGUUACUUGAGAUAAAUAAAAGAAACAAAAACACACUUCAAAUCGUGCCUAUGUAAUGAUUACCUAUUACAUUAAGUAAUCUAGUGGUUGGUUUGGUGGUAUUUGUUUAAGAAUGAACAAUUAUUGUUUUUUAUA